AUGGUGAGGUGUGGUUCACCUUUGAAGCUGACCAUUGUGAAUGACUGCCCUUCCACCAUAUGGCCAGCACUGCAGCCAAGUGCAGGGUAUCCAGUCCUGGGCAGAGGUGGGUUUGCUCUGAACACAAAGAGUCAUGUGAGCAUUGAUGUUCCCAACGAGUGGCAUGGCAGAGUGUGGGGCAGAACAAUGUGCAGUUUCAGUGGCGGUAAAGGUUCCUGCUUCACAGGAGACUGUAGUGGAAAGCUAGAGUGCGGUGGCUCAGGAGGAGCAACCCCUGCAACUCUUGCCCAACUCUCACUGCACACAUCCCCCACUGGUAAAUCCUCCUAUACUGUCAGCUUGGUAGAUGGUAUGAAUUUGCCCAUGACCAUUACACCCCAUAUUGGAGGCAAUGCAAAAGGCCCUGGUGACUCUACUGUGGCGGGCUGCAGGAUUCCCAACAUUUCUAACCUUGAUUGUCCUGAACACCUUAAAGUAAAGCGUGGAAAUGAAAUGAUAGCCUGUAAGAGUGCAUGUCAGGCAUUUAGAACAGACCAGUACUGCUGCACUAAUCAGUUCAACAUCGCCAAUACAUGUAAGCCUACUGAGUUCUCAGAGAGGUUCAAGAAAGCCUGUCCUAAAGCAUCCACUUAUGCCCAUGAUGCUGUUCUUCACCACUGUGACGAACCCAAUGAGAUCAAAAUCAUAUUUUGUCACGUUUAA